CAGGGGCGAUGGCUCCGGAACUGACCAGAAAAGAGGUUUCGCAGCAUAAUAACAAUAAAUCGGUAUGGUUCGUGAUCGGCAAUAAAGUCUAUGACGUCACAAAAUUUCUUGAUGAGCAUCCAGGAGGCUGUGAGGUGUUGUUAGAACAAGCCGGUGGAGACGCAACUGAAGCAUUCGAAGAUGUUGGUCACUCUACAGAUGCUCGCCAGAUGAGGGAAGAAUACUACCUAGGAGAUCUCGUGAAGGAGGAUCAUCAGACAUACUCAUACGAUAAAAAGACGUGGCACACGAGCCCGACCGACAAUCAGCAAAGGACAUCAUCAAACCCUUUGGAGGCUCUGAUCUACCCUGGUCUAAUCGCCAUCGCUGUUGCGCUCAUUUAUUAUCUUCUAUCCAAUUAAGCUCUCAUUGCUGGUGGAGCCAUACUGAACGCGCCCUCUCCGCAGUUUCACUUGAUGUCUCGCAUUUAUGUGUACUGGUAUAAAUUCUGAAAUAUGCCUAAUAUAAAUUUUUAUCAGCUUAUUGCUGCUAUCUCAGCCAUAUAUUAUAUUUACAGGUAAUAAGGGAAGAUAGAAGCAGG